AUGUGGGAAGAAGAGCUUCGGUCGGACUCGCAAUCAUCACAUGACCCCAGGCGUGAUGACCCCUCGAAGGAACCCCCCAGUGCAAUUCGUUCAGCAGAUCGAGCAGAGUCGGUGCAUCUGACCCCGUCCCAUGUAUCCUUGGAAAGUCUCAAAUUGGGAAAUGGACAUGCCAGCCAGUCUCAUGGAAUAUAUCCCUCAUGGGAGGGGGCCAGCAGGAAUGAGUCCUCGACCGCCUCCCUAGGCCCUUCGGAAAGCCCCGUGGAUGGAAGGCGAAAGCUGCUAUUGAUUUACAUUCACGGUUUCAUGGGCGCCGAGACCAGCUUUCAGAAGUUUCCUGCGCAUGUACACAAUCUUCUUACCAAGGCGCUCGCAGAGUCGCAUGUGGUCUACUCCAAGGUCUACCCUCAAUAUAAGUCACGUCGGUCCAUGAACAUAGCUCGGGAUGACUUUAGUGAAUGGCUGCAACCGCAUGAAUCGGAUCUGACCGAUGUGAUUUUACUGGGCCAUAGUCUUGGUGGAAUAUUAAGCGCAGAAGUGGCGCUAUUUCCGGCCGAGUCGACGAACAAUCUCGACCUAUUCAAACAUCGUAUUCUUGGUUUAAUCAAUUUUGAUGUUCCAUUCUUGGGUCUGCAUCCGGGUAUAGUUGGUACAGGACUCGCCAGCUUAUUCCAACCCAAACGUAAUCCCCAAUCGCCUAACAGCGAGAUUAAAGAUGGCACUUCGGCAAUAGAAACACCAAACGACAUGGAUUCUGGGGCAAAAAAUUCCAAUAUACACCAGCCUCGCCCUUCCUGGUUUGAACAAAAUCCGGAUUUUAAUUACGACCCCUCAUUUCCAAAUGACAUUCGUCGCGUGAAACGAAGCCAGUUGGACGGAAUGUUUCAUUUCUUGAAGAAGAACUCAGGCCAAAUGGCUAGCGCAAUGAAGAACUAUGCAACCUCUUUUUUCGAAUUCGGGGGCUGUUUGACCGACUAUCCAGGUCUUCGCCGGCGAUAUUCAAGACUGAAAGAGUUGGAGGCCUUUGACAACAUGGAUCAAAGGCGUGACAGCCAAGGCCGAUUGCUGCGAAGGAUUAGGUUCGUUAACUACUAUACAGCAAGUCCAGGAUUUCCCAAGGAAUCACCCUCAGAAGAAGCAUCCAGUCCCAAGCAGCCUGAAGCCUUGGAUGAGGCAAAGGAAGAUCGUCAGCCUGAUACAGAAUCCCUGCAAGAGCUCACCGAGCCUUCUAGUCCCGUAUCUACAAUUGAACCUCCAGAAAUAGUUGACAACAGCAUGAAUAAUCUGCAGCCGAUGCCAAUAGAAGAAUAUGAGGAUAUGGAUGACGCCACUCAGCUUAACAAAGCGCUUGAAACCUCUGAAGCACAAAGCGAAAUCAACGUCGAUGAAGGGCCUACACAGAUACUUGAAUUACUUCCACCUUUACCAACCAUCCCCCGCGCGCCAACAGCAAUUGAUCCAUCCUUCUAUAAAGACAAAGAGAUACUGAAGCAGGCCCAAAAAGAGUACAAGCGGCUCUUCAAUCUACACGAGCAAGCAAAGAAAGAAUGUGACAAAACUAUCAAAGAGAGAAAAAAACUGUUUGAACAUCUUGAAAAGAAGAAGAAACGGGAUUCUUCCUCACCAUCCCGAUUAGGCGCUCCUGAGCCUAAAGUUGCCGAGAAUACGAUUUAUUGUAUCACUGAUAACGGUUCGCUUGGCGAUAUAUCACAAAAUAGCCUAUUUGAAAAGAGGUCUGCCUCAUCAGGAACACUGCUGAAUGAUGAUGAUAGAUCUAUAUAUUCUUCUCAAACGAACAUAUCUGGGAAGCCGUAUAAAGAUCGCAAAUUUUGUGUACUGCCAAAAAAUGGUGGUGUACCAGAUCCUCUCUGGAUUCGUCUUUUCGUACCGGAUGUUGAUGAAGUACUCGCUCAUCAGUCCAUCUUCCUACCUAAUGGUUUGUACUACGAAUGGUUGGUUGGUGAUACAGUAACUAGAAUUGAACAGUGGGUACAAGAUGAUAGUACUCGACGAUUAAUUUGGGAGCAUUUGGACGCGGAAGAUGCUGGUGCUAUUUGA